AUGUUGAACGAAAGUCUUACAAACCCAUUGUUCGGAAAAGGCAAGUGCAACAUUGUCAGAGCUGUAAACAUUCUUUUCGAGAAAGGUUUGUUGGAACCAAUUCCAGAUGACAAGCUGACAGAAACUUUUGUACCAAAAGACGAAACAAACUUUUCACUGUUAGCAAGACCAAAAGUUGUUCCAGACAAAGUUCUAGUACAAAAGAAGUACACAAUUCCACAAGGAGUUGGAUUGUUCGGAUACCAACCUGAACCAGAAGAACUUCCAAUGAGGUUGCAAGAACUUCAAGAUGCUAUAAACAAACUUCCAUUGAGACAUCCAAUUGAC